UCCUCCAUUUUGAUUUCACCUUCGUGAGCAGUUCAACCAUGUCUCACAGGAAAUUCAGUGCGCCGAGGCAUGGCUCUAUGGGAUUCUACCCCAAAAAGAGAUCCCAGCGUCACCGAGGAAAGGUGAAGGCAUUCCCUAAGGAUGAUCCGAGUAAGCCGGUUCACCUUACUGCCUUUGUCGGUUACAAAGCUGGUAUGACCCAUGUGGUCCGAGAAGCCGAUCGGCCUGGCUCAAAAGUGAACAAGAAGGAGAUAGUCGAAGCCGUUACGAUCCUGGAAACACCACCAAUGAUCGUGGUCGGUAUUGUUGGAUACAUCGAAACUCCUCAUGGACUUCGUGCUCUGACAACCGUUUGGGCCGAACAUCUUUCCGAAGACUGUCGGCGUCGCUUCUACAAGAAUUGGUAUAAGAGCAAGAAGAAGGCCUUUACCAAAGCUUCUAAGAAGUGGCAGGACGAGCUCGGUCGCAAGUCGAUCGAAAAGGACAUCAAGAAGAUCGUCAAGUACUGCAAGGUUGUUCGCAUCAUUGCUCACACGCAAAUGAAGUUGCUUAGGCAGCGUCAAAAGAAAGCUCACAUUAUGGAGAUCCAGCUCAAUGGUGGAACCAUCGAGCAGAAGGUUCAAUGGGCCCGGGAACAUCUUGAGAAGCCUGUUCCCAUUAGCAACGUAUUCGCUUCAGAUGAGAUGAUCGAUGUUAUUGGCAUUACUAAGGGAAAAGGAUACAAGGGUGUCACUUCUCGAUGGCAUACGAAGAAACUACCUCGCAAGACACACAAGGGUCUGCGAAAGGUUGCCUGUAUCGGUGCAUGGCAUCCGAGUCGAGUCUCAUUCACUGUGGCUCGUGCUGGUCAGAAGGGAUAUCAUCAUCGUACAGAAAUGAACAAGAAGAUCUACAGGAUCGGUCAGGGUAUUCAUACAAAGGAUGGCAAGAUCAUCAAAAACAAUGCCUCGACUGAGUAUGAUCUUACGGAGAAAACCAUCACGCCCAUGGGUGGUUUCCCACAUUAUGGAGAAGUGAACAAUGACUUUGUCAUGAUCAAGGGAUGCUGUAUGGGACCGAAGAAGCGUGUCAUUACGCUACGAAAGUCGCUGCUGGUGCAUACCAAGAGAUCUGCACUGGAAAAGAUCAACCUCAAGUUUAUCGAUACCAGCUCCAAGUUUGGACACGGUCGCUUCCAGACUGCUGCGGACAAGGCUUCGUUCAUGGGCCAGUUGAAGAAGGAUCGUGUUCGCGAGGAGCAGGCUCAGACAGCUACGGCAGCACCCACUGCUGCUGCCACUGCUACUGCUGCUGCGCAGUAGAAUCUAUUACGAUCACAUUUUUUAUUGGAAAAUAAAGUGACCGAUGAGUGAAAACCAA